AUGGGAUCUGGAGCUUCGAAACCUGAGGAACCUCCCAAGGCACAAGUAUGGUCUAGUGAAACACCUGUAAGGUUCUCGGAACAACUCAUAGAUUCUUUGCAAUCGAGUUCUGAGUCCGAUUCUACUCGUGCCAAAACUCUCGAACUCCACAUCCAAGCCCGCGUCGCCAGCGAACUCAAGAAACUCCAAGAGCGCGCCAGCAAAGAUUUCGAAGAAUUAACCGCCAAACUCUCCACCGAGGAAUCUUCACCCCCAUCUGAGGAGAAAUCUGCAGGUGAUAGCUUAAGGAAACUAGGCAGAGAUGCGGUUCAGAAAGAUGUGGAGGGCUUGAGGAAGAAGUUGGAACAGAGGAAGAAGUUACAGGAAUUAGAUGAAGGGGUUGAGAAUGCAAAGAGUGCAGUGGUAAAGUGUUUGAGGGAUAACGACAGGAGGCCCUUGGAUUGUUACAAAGAGGUAGAGGCUUUCAGACAAGAGGUUAGGAGGUUGGAGGGUAAAUGGGUCGAGGGUAUUGUUAGAUAA